ACAUUCUUCUCAUGAAAAAUCUGAAGCCUAUACUACUUGAAGUAAAUGCAAACCCCAGCAUGAGAAUCGAACACGAGCAAGAACUCUCUCCAGGGGUGUUUGAGCAUGUCCCCAGCCUUGUCGAUGAAGAAGUGAAAGUGGCCGUCAUCAGAGACACACUGCGUCUCAUGGACCCAUUUAAGAAGAAAAGAGAGAACCAGUCUCAGCAGCUUGGGAAGCCGUUAGCCUCAAAGGAAGAGCCUUCUGACAGCUAUCUGGCCAGUGCCUCGGCAGGCAGCACCAAUCCCGAAGCCCACCUGCCCUCCAUCUGCCUCAAGCAGGUGUUCCCCAAGUAUGCAAAGCAGUUCAACUACCUGCGCCUGGUGGACAGGAUGGCAAACCUGUUUAUCCGGUUCCUGGGUAUCAAGGGGACAAUGAAGUUGGGACCAACAGGCUUUCGUACCUUCAUAAGGAACUGCAAGCUCAGCAGCAGCAGCUUGUCUAUGGCCGCCGUGGACAUCCUCUACAUUGACAUCACGAGGAGAUGGAACUCCAUGACCAUGGACCAGCGAGAUUCAGGGAUGUGCCUGCAGGCCUUCGUGGAGGCUUUCUUUUACCUGGCCCAGAGGAAGUUCAAGAUGCUACCACUCCACGAGCAGGUAGCCUCGCUCAUUGACCUGUGUGAAUACCACCUGUCCCUGCUGGACGAGAAGCGCCUGGCAUGCGGCCGGAGCUCCACAUCGGGGGGCCGACCCCCUCACAGCGGCACCCCGCAGGAGGCCACCCCCGCAGCCCAGCUGGCUGAGGGCCAUCCCCCGCCCUGCACAAACAGUGCCCUCAAGCUCUCCCAUUCCAGACACGCUCUGUCCUGAGGGCCGCUCUGUCCUCCCAGAAGAAGAUUGAGCCCUUCCGAGCCCAAGAGACCCCCAGGCUUCCUGCGGGGGGAGAGAUGGCAGGAUGCUGAGAAUUCCCACCUGAGAUUCCCCCCAGUCGUCUCCAUGUUCUGCUAAGCUGCACUUCCAGAGGCUGCCUGAUUCUCAACCGCCCUCCUCCCAGCACCUCUUGGUGGCCCACCUGCUUGCGAGCCAUCAGCGGACAAAUGAUAUCCAAAACGUGACAGAUGGCCUCUUCUAUUCUGGGCUCAUGGGAAGCCACAGCCGGGGAUAAAACUGCUGUGUUUGGGGAAGGGGGCACCAACAACCCGAAGACGGAGAGCUGCGGAGAAGAAAGAACUUGAGGCAGCCGAGACUGGGGUCUGCUGAGGCCCCAAAGAGAAAACGGUUAGAGCCCAGGGACAUCAUGUGCACUUCCUACCAGCCAUUCUGUGAAAAUGAAGUGGAAAUACCC